AUGGCGAAUAGGGUGACGGGCACUUGUUGCACUGCGUCGGUGGAGCGGGCCGGCCUGCCGGGCUUGCUGCGCGACUUACAGAGGCUCUCGGAAGACCAAGACUCCGCUGACAUCGUUUUUAUCCUCGGAACCAACGAAGAAAAAGUUUUUGCACACAAAAUAAUCUUAAUAGCAAGAUGCAAAAGUUUUCAGAACACGAAACGAGGCGAAGUUUGUCGUAUUCCAGGGUGUUCCGUAACGCCAUCUAUCGGCCAGCAGCCGACACCGAUCCGAAUGCCGCAUGUACAAGUUGAAACAUUUCGUCUUUUUAUUCAAUAUGUUUACACUGGCAAGCUUUUGCUGCAAGACUCAGGGGUUUUUGAAAUGAUGACUUUAGCAGCCGAUUUAGGUGUAGAAGAUCUCAGAUCAGCGUGUGAAGAUCAUGUCACAUCAACGCUGAGUGUAGAAAGUGCGUGCACAUUGUUAGCAGCAGCAAUGGAAAUUCAAGAUCGACCAGGUGGUAAGAGUGCGUCGUCUUUCAUGGAGCGUUGCAUCGCGUUUAUAGGCGACAACGCCGCUGACUGCGUCAAGACCAACGCCUUCCUCAACCUGCCCAAGGAAGCACUUAUCAAACUUAUUUCGUCUGAUUUUCUAUGCCUUGAGGAGGAAGAAGUGUGGCGCUGUGCUCUAGCUUGGGCCAAGCAACGAGCUGGCGUGACGCAGCCCACGGCGCACUGGACCGAGGAGGAGAGGGCCCGCGUCUGCCAUCACCUCUCACCACUCAUGCAGCAUGUGCGACUUCUGCUCAUUGACAGUGCAGUGUUCGCGGAGGAGGUGGAGCCGACGGGCGCGGUGCCGAUGGAGCUGUCGCUGGAGCGCUACCGGCGCGCCGCGCUGCACGCCGCGCCGCCGCCCGCGCCGCGACACGACGCCGACAAGCGGACACAGCCACGUUUGGCUGUGAACAUGUUCACCGGGUCAUUGAUACUGCAGCAAGAGAAGAGUGCCUUCCAAGCUGUUAUCAACAACUGGUGUGGUACUCCGAAGCAGUCGUGGCGUCUGAUAUUCCGCGCGUCCACGCACGGGUACUCCGCGCAGGCCUUCCACUCGCACUGUGAUGGUGUGGCGCCCGUCUUACUACUGGUGCAGUGCUCCCGCGGCGAGGUGAUCGGCGGGUACAGCGAGGCGAGCUGGGCGGCGGGCGGCGCGGGCGGGUACAUCCCGGCCGAGCGCGCCUUCUUGUUCGCGCUCAGCGAGCCCCCCGCGCGGUACACACUGCUCAAGAAGGCGUUCGCACUCUGCUACCACCCCGAUUGUGGCCCAAUAUUCGGCGCGGGCGCAGACCUGUUGAUCUCGAGCAACUGCAACACGAACAGCGAGAGCUACAGCAACCUGCACUCGUACGGCGACCAGCUCGCGCCCGCCUCGCUCGCCGCCGACUACAACUUCACCGUGCGCGACUACGAGGUCUUCACAUACAAACAUAACUAA